UGUCGUCGAGUGUUUCUCCCCCCUCACGUCAGGUUGGACUCGAGGAUGUGGACGCUGUUCUUUUUGGGCGCCUUGUUGGGGGCGUCGGGGUCCCGCGUGACGCCCCCCGGAGCGGCCCAGCAGCUGCAGGCGCUCCACUGCCCGCCCUGCGAGCGGGUCCACUGCGCCGCGCGACGCUCGCCGAAGCUCCGGUGCGCGGGGGGAGUCACGACGGGGGUGUGCGGCUGCUGCCCCGCCUGCGCCAGAGCGGAGGGGGAGACCUGCGGGGGGACGUGGGACUAUCUGGGCAAGUGUGACGAGGGUCUGGUGUGCGUUUACCCGGACAUAACGGAUGACCGGGCGCGCGAGGAGCGCACAGGCACCUGCAGGGCAGUGAUCGAAUCGCUGGAGCCAGAGGCGGAGAGCUGUCACCCAGAGUGCACCAGGGCAUACUGCCAGGCCAACCCCUUGGAGAUCUGCUCCGCCAGGUCGGUUUCCCUGGAGAAGCGAGCGUGCCAGGGCUCCUGCCAGCACACCUCCUGCUCAAGCUGUCUGCUGCUGAAACCGCCCCCCUGCCCCCCCCAGAGCUGCACCGCCUCCUCCCCGUCCCUCUGCCUGCAACGCUUUGGGAAGUGUGUGCAGAAUCACCUGAGAGCCACACACAGCCCCGUAUGCCACAACAACCUGCAGACUCCUGGUGUGGGGCAUUUUGUGUGUCUGGUGCCAGCUUGUACAAACACAGCGUAGUAGUUGUCUGUGUAGAGAGGAAAUCUGCACUAGUUAAUGUAGCAAAAUAGGAAAAGGCAGCUAUCUAUGAACUGUAUGUAUUACUGGAACAAUAAUUAUCCAACAUGUAUGCAAUGUAAACCUGAAUUUUAAAAAAAUCAAUUUGAAAUUAAUUUCAAAACUGAAAUUUAAUGUAUUAUAUAA